CAAAUUUUACCAUUUUGGCCCAUUAUGAUGUAUGUGAAAAAAUAAAAUAAAGUUGAAUAACAAAGGCAAAAUGCAACAGGCUUGUGUAUUGUCAUGAAAACAUAGCGUUUUAAAAUAAUAAAUAAUUUUUUUUUUUUUAUUUAUAUUUAAUACAAUCAUAUUUUUAUCAAAAUUGUUCUCAUAGUUCAUACAUAAUGGAGUCGGAACAGAAAUUACAAACUUUAAUACACAUGGCAAUAGAUGUAAAAAAUAGACAAAUUAAUCAACAUUAUUUGGUAAAACUUUUUGAAAUUAUAAUUAAAAAUUCACCACAACUGGCUAAUUGUGACGUAGAUUUAACUCCAAAUGACGAAAAACACAGUCAGACGAACGUAAGUAAUAAAGGAAUUCACGAAGUGUCCAUAAAUCCACUUAAUGACAUAUUUGAUGUAUCGUCUUCAAACCACGAAGAAAUGUUAUACGAAUACGAAAACGAAGAAUUGUUGUACAAAUACGAAAAUGAAGAAAAUAGCUCGUUGAUGCCCAAGAAUAAUUUGGAUGACUUUUCAAAUAGUAAUCUCACUUUAGAAGAUAAAAAACCGUUGAUGGAAAAAUCUGAAAGCUGUCUUCACGAAUGGACCGAAAAUUUGGAGACACAACAAAAUGUAGUUCUUCUAAGGUUAAAUACAAGUUUAAGAACAGACAGAUUUAUGACCCAAGAAUGGGUGUGUUUAAAUUUAGGCAUGUCGGCUGGAAAUUUCCGAGAAUUUGAUUUAGAUUAUCGAACAAAUUUUAAGAAUAUUUUUAAUUUUCUAGAGUUACAAAAAUCAGUGAACAGGAAUACUAGGAUAGAUAUUCAACAUCUAAAGAAGAAAUGUAUUAAAAUACAAAAAUAUAUCAAAAAACACAUUGAUAUGGAUCCCGAAGCAACAGGCGUCGUUACAUUUAUGAAGGGUGCGUGUAUGUCAUGUGGAAGACCGGCGAAGAUGGUUAAAACAAAACGACUUUCUCUAAAUUAUUCUGAUCAUAGGAGACAGCUUUCCGAUAAGUCUAAUCCGAUAGAAAAAAAAGAAAUCUAUCAAUCCAAUAGUGGUAAAAUGAUAAAAAAUAAGCCAAAACAAUCGAUCACAAACAAUCAAUGUACGAAACCUACUACGAUAUCAACAGAAACUUGUUUAUGGAUAAAUGGUGUUCCUCAGCCAUGUCAUCCGUUUUCAAACAAGAGGACGGGAAACGUAGAAAUAGAUUUAGAGCGAAUAAGAGCAGAUGUAAAUAGCCGUAAAACGAUAAAUGACAAGCUGAAUUCAAACAAUCCUAGGGAGAAACCUGCUAUGAAACCGAGCAUAAAAGUUUGUGGGUUUAUAAGAAAUGCUAUCCAACAAAGAACUACUUCAUUAAUUUCUUCAACAUACGAUGAUAGUAACUUCUCAUGUUGCUUCAAAGGACAUCAGAAAAGAAAAUCCAAAAAACGACAAAUCUGGAAAUCUUAAGUAAUAAGGAGUAGUGAUGGUUCUGGAUCAACAAAUACACCACCACAUAGCAGAAUUACUUUUUAGAUGUUCGUACAUCUAUCAACAACAAUACCAUUUGAGGUUUGCAUUUUUUAAGUAAUUUAUAUAUAUUUUACUUUUGCUUACUUAAUAACGAAUGAGAAAAGUCUUUAAACGGUAAUCUUAAAAAUACUUAGCAUUAUCUUUAUUUCUGAAUAUAGCCCCCAGCCCCUCACAAAAGUGAAAUCAUGUGAUUUACACAUUUUUCCUAUGACAAUAUUUAGUAGAUAAUUUGCAUUAAUUUAUGUAACAAAAUCUAACCAUUUCGUCUAAAUAAUUCAAAAUAGUGAUUUUUGAAAUUAAAUAAUGUACCAGCAUGUUCGUCUAUGUACUUGCAAAGUUUAAUUGCUCUAACAAAAAUGUACAAACAAUUUUCAAUCAAAUAUAUAGUAUAUUUACAACAUUCACAUUAACGGUCCGUAGAUACUAGAUAGUAACAAUAGUCAAUAGGCAAUGCAUAUUUUUUAAAUGUUGAUACUUUGAUAGAUAACUAUAGAUCGGGUCAUAGGGGGUUAUAUAUAAAAUAGACUAUUGAACUACAUAUUAUAUUCUAUA